GCUCUCCGGGUGACCCGGGCCCGGCAGCAGGCGCGCGCGGGGGCGGCGGCGCCCAAGCCCAACUUGGCCUCCGCCUCGCCCUCUGCCCAGCCCGCCGGUGUCCCCUCCUUCCCGCGAUUUCGUUUCUUCUCACGCUCCCCCCCCGCCCCCUCCCGCGUCCAGCCCCGCUCUCCCCACCUUGUAAAACAAAGCCGGGGAAAAUGCCUGCCCGUGCAGCUCGGAGCGCGCAGCCCGUCUCUGAAUAAGAAGUGAGUACAAUGGCGUGUUUGUAAAAAAAAGCUUCAAGUCCGUCUUUUUCAAAAAACAUUUCGAAUGCUGCAUGCCUCAUGCUUCCCAGCGCCUCGCGGGAGAGACCCGGCUAUAGAGCAGGAGUGGCGGCACCUGACUUGCUGGAUCCUAAAUCUGCCGCUCAGAACUCCAAACCGAGGCUCUCGUUUUCCACGAAACCCACAGUGCUUGCUUCCCGGGUGGAGAGUGACACGACCAUUAAUGUUAUGAAAUGGAAGACGGUCUCCACGAUAUUCCUGGUGGUUGUCCUCUAUCUGAUCAUCGGAGCCACCGUGUUCAAAGCAUUGGAGCAGCCUCAUGAGAUUUCACAGAGGACCACCAUUGUGAUCCAGAAGCAAACAUUCAUAUCCCAACAUUCCUGUGUCAAUUCGACGGAGCUGGAUGAACUCAUUCAGCAAAUAGUGGCAGCAAUAAAUGCAGGGAUUAUACCGUUAGGAAACACCUCCAAUCAAAUCAGUCACUGGGAUUUGGGAAGUUCCUUCUUCUUUGCUGGCACUGUUAUUACAACCAUAGGAUUUGGAAACAUCUCACCACGCACAGAAGGCGGCAAAAUAUUCUGUAUCAUCUAUGCCUUACUGGGAAUUCCCCUCUUUGGUUUUCUCUUGGCUGGAGUUGGAGAUCAGCUAGGCACCAUAUUUGGAAAAGGAAUUGCCAAAGUGGAAGAUACGUUUAUUAAGUGGAAUGUUAGUCAGACCAAGAUUCGCAUCAUCUCAACAAUCAUAUUUAUACUAUUUGGCUGUGUACUCUUUGUGGCUCUGCCUGCGAUCAUAUUCAAACACAUAGAAGGCUGGAGUGCCCUGGACGCCAUUUAUUUUGUGGUUAUCACUCUAACAACUAUUGGAUUUGGUGACUACGUUGCAGGUGGAUCCGAUAUUGAAUAUCUGGACUUCUAUAAGCCUGUCGUGUGGUUCUGGAUCCUUGUAGGGCUUGCUUACUUUGCUGCUGUCCUGAGCAUGAUUGGAGAUUGGCUCCGAGUGAUAUCUAAAAAGACAAAAGAAGAGGUGGGAGAGUUCAGAGCACACGCUGCUGAGUGGACAGCCAACGUCACAGCCGAAUUCAAAGAAACCAGGAGGCGACUGAGUGUGGAGAUUUAUGACAAGUUCCAGCGGGCCACCUCCAUCAAGCGGAAGCUCUCGGCAGAACUGGCUGGAAACCACAAUCAGGAGCUGACUCCUUGUAGGAGGACCCUGUCAGUGAACCACCUGACCAGCGAGAGGGAUGUCUUGCCUCCCUUACUGAAGACUGAGAGUAUCUAUCUGAAUGGUUUGACGCCACACUGUGCUGGUGAAGAGAUUGCUGUGAUUGAGAACAUCAAAUAGCCCUCUCUUUAAAUAACCUUAGGCAUAGCCAUAGGUGAGGACUUCUCUAUGCUCUUUAUGACUGUUGCUGGUAGCAUUUUUUAAAUUGUGCAUGAGCUCAAAGGGGGAACAAAAUAGAUACACCCAUCAUGGUCAUCUAUCAUCAAGAGAAUUUGGAAUUCUGAGCCAGCACUUUCUUUCUGAUGAUGCUUGUUGAACGGUCCACUUUCUUUGAUGAGUGGAAUGACAAGCAAUGUCUGAUGCCUUUUUGUGCCCAGACUGUUUUCCUCUCUCUUUCCCUAAUGUGCCAUAAGGCCUCAGAAUGAAUGAGAAUUGUUUCUGGUAACAAUGUAGCUUUGAGGGAUCAGUUCUUAACUUUUCAGGGUCUACCUAACUGAGCCUAGAGGACAAUUUAUGGACGACAACAAUUUUUUUUUUUUGUAAAUGACAAGAAAUUCUUAUGCAGCCUUUUACCUAAGAAAUUUUCUGUCAGUGCCUUAUCUUAUGAAGAAACAGAACCUCUCUAGCUAAUGUGUGGUUUCUCCUUCCCUGCCCCCACCCCUAGGCUCACCUCUGCAGUCUUUUACCCCAGUUCUCCCAUUUGAAUACCAUACCCUGCUGGAAACAGUGUGUAAAAUGACUGAAGUGAUGAUGCCCGAAGAUGAAAUAGAUGCCAAAUUAGAUGGACAUUGAAGCAACACUCAGCGUUGCCUAGCGUUAAAGGCACUGCAGAGAAAUGAGGUGCAGAGGUGGCCCCUCUGAGUAUUUAUUUGACUCAGGUACCAGUGGUACAUAUAUACAGUGUAAUUAUGACCAGGCUGGUAAAAUUGGCUGCUCGCAAACAAUCCCCUUUUUUCCUGGCAGUAUUUGGAAUUUAUCAUUUAUUAAUAACUAUACAUUUUUAAAGGCAGAAGAAGAAAAUCUAUCUAUCUAUCUAUCUAUAUAAAUGACCUGACAGAAGAAAACUGUUAAAAAUGGAUAUUAUUGGAGGGGAUUUAAAACAGUGGGUGUGAAUUAUCAUUCUGAUGGAAAGAAAAUAGCAAAACAAUGUGUUACAAGUAUUUGCUAAUAAACAGUAUACUGCCAGCUUCU